AUGGCUGGUGGCGGCGACAGCGGCAGCGGGCCCCGCCCCUCCGACAAGGCGGCGCGCCCGCCGAUGACUGCGAUCGACUCCACCAUCCAGUCCAUCAAGGAGGUCGUCGGCGAGCACUCCGACGCCGACAUCCUCGACGCCCUCCGCGACUCCAACAUGGACCCCAACGAGACGGCGCAGAAGCUUCUCAACCAAGAUCCAUUUCAUGAGGUGAAACGGAAAAAGGACAAGAAAAGAGAGAGUGCUGGCCAGAAGAGUUUUGCUCAGACCUCAGCACAAGGUGAGCACGGUUCUCAAGGGACAAGGCCACACACUCAAAGGGUUGAGAUUGAUCAAAGAAGAGCUCACAAUCAAGGUCAGACAUAUGGCCCUAGUCGAGAAUUUCGGGUAGUGAGGGACAACAGACAUGGUUCCAUGGAAAACAGAUCAGAGCUAGGACACAAAGGUUCUACAUAUAUGUCAGGCUCUGAUAGGAGUGGGGUUGUAGUUCAAUCUGAUCGAAAUCACCCUCCAGCUACAAACUCAGAAGGUCAGAUCACACAUCAAACUGCAAAGAACGUGCUUCAGAUGAGCAGGGGGGCUCAGGGCACUUAUCAGAGGCAUGCAAGGCCAUAUUUGAAGAACACUCAGAAUGAGCACCAGCAUCCACAUUCUGAUCCUGCUCAUUCUUCACCCAACUACAAAGCUACUGGAGGAUCUGUCGGACCUAAUCGACGCGAAGCUGGUGUAGCUAAUGGUCCGAGGCAGUAUUCUGGUCGUCCAGGCUCGCAGUUUCAUGCACCAAAUGGUUCUUAUCCUGCAAAUAUUCAAAGGGGGAAUUUUGCUUCAGCUGGGCCUUCUGGUCAUCGCCCAGCAUUUGUGUCUAGAAACACUCAACCCAACCAGAGACCUGCAUUAGACACAGUAUCUCGUGGCAGGUCUGCUGGUAGAUCUUUUGGGAACCAAAACACCAACAAGUAUCACCAGGGUCCUGCUGGCAACAUAAAAGCCAUACGACCAGCUAAGCAGUGGAAGCCAAAAUCGACAAAUAAGUCUUCCACCAAUGAUGCUGACAACAGUGUAACAGAUGCAGUAUCUCCUUUAGAUAGCAACCCUGAAAAUGCCAAGGUUCUGGAUGUGAACAGCUCGUGUGACAAAACUUCUCAUUCUAACGUGCACGAGAUGGAACAUGUGAUCAUCCCAGAACAUCUCCGUGUGCCAGAGUAUGAGCAGACAAGAUUAAGAUUUGGCAGUUUCACUCCUGGGUUUGAUUCAGACCCAUUACCGACCUCAUCUUCUCCAGAACCCCAACAACCAGAAGAUGUACAAGAACCUGUUGAACUGGCUGUUGAAGAGGAUGCAUUCGGUUCUGAACAUGAUGAAGUGGAUGAGCAAACUGUAUCAACAUCAUCAGCAGAGGUUUCCUUACCACCAUCUGAGGAUAGUGAACAGAUGAAUGGUCAAGAAGUUGAGGAUGAUGAUGGACUGGGCUUAGUUCAGAGUGAUACUCCACUUGGUGUAGCAGAUGACCAUAAUAUCCAAAGCACCUCUAGUUUGACUGCUUUUUCUGCAUAUGGUCAUGGAGAUCCUAAUAUGCAUCCUAAUAAUGAGGCGCAAUUAUACGGUCUGGUGGAGCCUAAUGUACACCCACAAAUGUUGGCUUCCUCUUCUCAGCAGGAAUACGCUUCGGUUAAUCCAGAAGCAGAUAAUGCUGCUCAAGUAUUCAGGAUGACAGAAUCUAAUGUGCAUUCACAAGUUCCUUCCGCAUCUGAGGCCCUUAGUUCACAGCAGCAACAUAUUGCAAUCUCUUCACAACAGCAACAUAUGUCCCAGCAACAAGCAGCACAGAUGUACCCUCCAAUCCAUGUGCAGCAUUAUCCGAAUUUCAUGCCAUAUCGCCAUCCCCUCUAUUCUCCACCAACAUACUUCCCACCCAUGGCUAUGCCAAAUUAUUCAGCAAAUGUCCCUUACGCGGCAAAUGGAAAUAAUUAUCUUCAGAUGCCUAGUGGAGGCUCACAUUUAACCGCAGGACAAGUCAAGUAUGGAGUUUCACAGUAUAAACCAGUCCCUGCUGGUGGUAACCCUUCUGGUUAUGGAAACUACACUCAUCCAGCUGGUUAUGCACUUAGUUCUCCUGGUGUUAUUGGCACUGGAGUUGGUGUUGAUGAUGUCAAUCGGAUGAAGUACAAGGAUAACAACAUCUAUGCACAAACCCCACAGGUAGAGGCAUCUGAUAUCUGGAUUCAGACUCCUAGGGAGAUUCCAACUUUGCAGUGCCCCCCAUAUUAUAACUUAUCAGGUCAAGCAACACCUGGUGCUUAUAUGCCGAAUCCUGGGAAUGCAUCUUUUAGUGCUACAGCUCAAUCCUCUCACGCACAGUUUCCAGGCAUGUACCAUCCUCAGCAGCCUCCCUCAAUUGUAAGUCCGCAUCCAAUGGUGCAUCAACAGGUCCCAUCUGCCAUUGGUCCCAAUGUUGGAGUUGGUGUAGCUGCACCAGGCCCCCAAGUGGGGGCUUAUCAGCAACAACAGCUUGGUCAUAUGAAUUGGAGACAGCCCAGCUUCUAGAGAAGGUUUUUUAAAUUAUCUGUAAUUAGGGGGUCACAAGAGCCUUUAAUGUAACAACAAUUGGCUCCUCUUAACAGGAACCACUACUGCUUUUUAGUGCAGCUCUGUCUGAUCUAUUUUAUGGUUUAACAAGUUUUGUUAGCUUUUC